AAGUCAUUUUCAGUUCAAAAUCUCUCCUUCCCUACGAAGUGUUUAUCCAGCUCUCAGAAGGGAAUAAAAGAAAAAGGGAAGAAGGAACAACUGUGCCUGAGGUGAGAGCACCCCGUAUUUACCUAUCCACAACAGAAUCAACAAGAGAUUAAGUGUUUUGGACAGUCCAUUUUCUUCAGGAAAUGGCCAACCUGUUGUACACUGAGUAUGAAGAGAAAAUCCGUCCUUACAUUGAUCUUAUUGAUUCCCUGAGGGAGCAGGGCUUGAAUAAGGAUUUAACAUUACCCUCCAUCGCAGUGAUUGGAGAUCAGAGUUCAGGGAAAAGCUCAGUCCUGGAGAUGCUGUCUGAGAUAGCCCUUCCCCGGGGCACUGGUAUUGUGACCAGGUGCCCGCUGGAGUUGAAAAUGAAGAAUGGAACAAAGGGAUCGCAAUGGAAGGGACAAUUAAAUUAUCGUGAUGUGAGUUUACUACUGAACAGCCCACAGGACGUGGAAGAAGAGAUUAAGAAAGCCCAAAUACACUUAGCUGGAAAAACUGGAAUAAGUUCAGAACUAAUCAGCCUCCAAGUAGAAUCACCUUGUGUUCCGGACCUGACCUUAAUAGACUUACCUGGAAUCAUCAGGGUCCCCACUGGCAACCAGCCUCAGGACAUUGGAAACAUGAUCAAAAAUCUGAUCCAAUCCUACAUUGGAAAAGAAGAAACAAUCAUCUUGGUCGUCAUCUCCUGUAAUGUGGACAUUGCGACCACAGAGGCUUUGAAAAUGGCACAAGAAGUGGACCCGAAAGGAGACAGGACACUAGGGGUUCUUACGAAACCGGACUUGAUUGAUCGUGACACAGAGAAAGACAUUCUUAAAAUCAUCAACAAUCAGAUGGUUCCUCUUCGGAAAGGCUACAUGCUCAUCAAGUGCCGUGGACAGCAUGAUUUAAUCACAAAUACACCCCUGGCUAAUGCAUUGAAGAAGGAAAUUGCAUUUUUCAAUGACAAUGUUCAUUUUAGGCCACUGCUGGAGAAGAAACUGGCAUCUUUCCAACAUUUAUCCAGUAGACUCACCAAUGAGCUUGUUUUACAAAUCAAGAAAUGUCUACCUGGUAUCCAAGAGAAAAUUGGAAGCAAAAUGAACGAGAUCAUGAAGCAGUUGGAUAAAUUGGGAGGAGCAAUCCCAGAGGACACUAAAACAAAAGUGCACAACCUGACUAGUAGAAUUCUAGCGUACUGUGAUGAACUUAUUCAUUUAGCGAUGGGAGAGUACAAAAAGGAUUAUCCCAUCGAUGUGAAGUUGCACGACUUUGCCAGGGAGAAGUUUACAGAGUGGUACAAGAAGCUGGAUGGAGUUAAAAUAGGGCUCAAUGAGAAUGCAGCCAUCAUGGUCAAACAUCAUGAAAAAAACUCUAAAGGGAGAGAAUUGCCUGGAUUUACCAAGUACAGAAUUUUCGAAGCUAUUAUUAGAGAACAAAUUCAAGAACUACUGGAGCCUUCACUUGAAAUGCUGAAUGAAUUUUCAGCUAGAGUUGAGACAACAUGUAACACAUUGGCACUUCAACACUUUGGUAGUUACCCACUUUUAGUUGGUGAGAUUCAGAUUAAAAUUGCUGAAGUCUGCAACAAAAUGGAAAGGAAAGCAGAGGAAAUGCUCGAGACCAACUUUAAGAUGGAGGCAAUGGUUUAUGCACCAGAUGAAAUGUACAGCUACAAACUAAUGGAAUUCCAAUCUCGAGGCCAGCAAAAGGGGAAUAGCUCAAUGACAAAUUCAAGCCUUGAUCCCCAGGCAAUGGUUAUUCAUUUACAUGCCUAUUAUCAGAUUGCUAUAGAUCGAUUGGUCCAAAUGGUUCCCAUGGUGCUGAGGUAUUACCUUCUCCAAGAACUGUCUGCCCAGAUAAAAAUAACGUUGGCUCAGUUGUUGUUCCACUAUAAGGAUGUGGAUGCUCUCCUUCAGGAGAAUGAUGAAACUAGUGAAAAACGAAGAGAUUUGAAGGACAACCUGGAUCGGUUGACCCAAGCACGGAAUCUUCUGAUGAACUAUUAAUUUUCUCACACUGAACAUGGAGAGUGUGAGUGGGACAGUGGAGGGUGAAAAUGAUAUAGGAAUGCAGAUUCAAGUGCCUACACAAAUGAGAUCUGGUAAGUGGGGUAAAUGAGGGGAGAUAGGGCUAUCUUACUUUCUCUGAGUCUCAGCUGUUCUGGACAAGAAGCUCUUUUCGCUGUCUCAUCAAUUGGCUGGUAGAGUAUUGACCCAGCAAAAAGAAGGCAAAAGGAAAACAUGAUCUUGGUGGUUACCAAGAAUCAUAUUGACAGUGCCUUGGGUUUGACCCAUGCACUAGAAUGCUCUCAUGCCUCCCUCACCACAGAAAAUGUUGUGGUGCUGGAGGAAUACUUGUGAGGGAAAACUGAAGGGAAAUACAUUGGAGAAAGAGUGGGAUCACAUGACAAGAAAGCAUGUUUUAUAAAAACUUAUAUAGAGAGUCACAGUGUCAUACAGCAUGGAAACAGACCUUCGGUCCAACAAGUACACCACCAAGCAUGUUCCUAAACUAAACUAAUCCCAUCUGUCUUUGUGUUGCCCACAUCCCUCCAUACCUUUCCAAUUCAUGAAAUUAUCCAAAUGUCUUCUAAACAUUGUAACUAUGCCUGCAUCCAUCACUUUCUCUGGCAGCUCAUUCCACACAUGAACCAUUGUCUGUGUAAAAACAGUGCACCUUAUGAACUUUUUAAAAUCUUUCUCCUUGCCCCUUAAAAAUAUGCCCCUAGUUUUGAACUCCUCCAGCCGAGGGUUCUCAUGAUUUCAUAAUCCUCAAUAAGGUCACCCUCAAACUCCUACUCUACAGUGAAAAAAUGUCCAGCUCUACACUUUGUUAUUUUGGAUUCUCCAGCAUCUGCGGUUUCUAUUAUCUAUGAUACAAUUUAGGCUCUCUGCAAAGCCUCUUCCAGGGAUACCUAAUCUGAAGAAGUUACCUUCCUCCCUCCGGACAAACCUCAGGGGAUCUCUCUCCCAUUGGAACUCUCUUGUCCUCCCCACCUAUCUUCUCCUCUAUCCAUCUUUGAUCCACCUCCCCCUCUCUCCCUAUUUAUUUCAGAAAACUGUCCCCCUCCCCCAUUUCUGAUGAGGGGUCUAGGCCCAAAAUGUCAGCUUUUCUGCUCCUAAGAUGCUGCUUGGCCUGCUGUGUUCAUCCAGCUCCACACUUUGUUAUCUUGGAUUCUCCAGCAUCUGCAGUUCCCAUUAUCUUUCCCAGUCUUUCCAGUCUGUUUUUAUAUCUCAAACUGUCCAUUCCCAGCAUCAUCCUGGUAAAACUUUUCUGAAUCAUCCUCAGUUUAACAAUAUUCUUCCUGUAACAGAGUGACCAGAGCUACACACAAUACUCCAGAAGAGGCGUCACCAAUGUCCUGUACAACCUCAAUAUGAUAUACAACUCCUAUAGCCAAAGAUUGGAGCAAUGAAGUCAAGAAUUCUAAAUGCCUUCUUAACCACUGUGUCUACCUGGGAUGAAAAUUUCAAAGAAUUAUGUACCAGAACGCCUAAGUCUCUGUUUAUCAACACUACCUAGGGCCCUACCAUUAAUUGUAUAAGUCCUGUCCUUGUUUGUUUUAUCACAAUACAAUAUCUCACAUUUGUCCAAAUUAAGCUCCAUUUGCCACUCCUCAGCUCAUUGACGCAAUUGAUCAAGAUCUCUUUGCAACCUUACAUAACUUUCUUCACUAUACCACCAAUUUUGGUUUCAUCUGCAAACUUACUAAUCACGCCUCCUAUAUUGUCAUCCAAAUCAUUUAUAUAAAUGACAAACAAAAGUGGACCCAGCAACGAUCCCUGUGGAACACCACUGGUCACAGGUCUCCAGUCUGAAAAACAACCCUCCACCACCAACCUCUGUCUUCUACCAUAAAGUCAAUUUUGUAUCCAAUUGGCAAGCUCAUCCUAAAUCACAUAUGAUCUAACUUUUCUAAUUAGUCUAUAACGUAGAACUUUGUCAAACUCUUUACUAAAGUCCAAGCAAACAAUAUGUGGAAAUAGUUUUGAUAAGAGUAAGUGGGGAGCAAUCAGGCAGAAUCUUCAGUUGGCAUGGCAGAUCUCACCUGAGGCCUGGAGGUCUAGCUGAGAAACACCCAAUUCCCAGCAAUCUCUGGUCCUGGAAGUCCCACAGGAUUCAGCCCUUCCAACCUGUAGCUGUUGGUUAAACUGAACCAUAUUGUCAAGAAAGUCUGCUAUUGGAAGAGGAACCUAGGAGAGCCAGGUGUGUGAUUUGUUGGGUCAACAGACAUGGGCUGAGAAAGUCAGAAGCAAGAAUGGCUGUUGGCUGUCAGCAAGAUUCCCCCACCCACCCCUUGAUCAUGAACCAAUUGCUUUUGAUGGACCAUGCACUCUCUACCCAGCUGACAAGUAACCCAUGCUGUGUGUGCUGUUGGUGAGGUCUCAUGUGAUCAACCUGUCUAGACCUGGGUCAAUCUCAACUACAAUGGGCUGAGGCCUUCAAAGGUUCUUCAUUGGCCAUCUAUGUGCAUCAAUGGGUGACAGGGUGGGAAGGUCAGGCAGCGCACACACUUAAUUGUAGCACAUUGAAAAUCAGGUAUAGCACCACCCUGCCUCGUAAAAUACUGUUCCCAAAUCUUGCCUCCUGUUCACUAUAAACGUGUUAGCAGCAAAUGGAAGAAAACCGCAGCGAUGAUUGAAGCAACAUGGAAAGGGUGAUCAGUGAUUGUGGGCAAGGCCCCAGAGGCGAAGGAAAGUGAAUAUUUGUGGGGACAGUAGAAAGGCGAACUGGACUGAGAUCCCAGGGAGAAAGGCUACUACAGCCCAGCUCAGCCCAGCCCAGGGCGUGAAGUUGUUGAUUAUUAAUAACUAGUGCACACUUAAACUUUUAACCUUCUAAAUCCAAACAUGUGUACAUUCAUUAUGCAUGGACCAUUAGACCAUAAAACCAUGGGAUAGACAGACAACAUGAACCAUUUUUAUAGGAAGAUUGUGUAUGAAAAUUGUAGGCAAAAAGGCUCAAAGUCUGUUGAUCAGAGUCCAAUCUAAAUACAAAGUGAGAUGACUUUUCUUCAUGCUUUUCUAGUUAUUGGGGCUUGUGGUGAUCUGAAUUCAAUAGGCAGUGAGUUGGAUCUGGUCUUUGCUUGAAUCCGAAGCCUUUUUUUGGAAGUUUUUGAGUGUUAUUACUUAUCCAAUUGAAGAGACAGGGAAGGAUCUGGCAUGACAUAUGUUUUGGAUUUCUGUGUCCCUACUGCUCCUCAGGUCUGCAAUGCUGGGCAGUAAUUUCUUCUCUUUCAAAGAUGCCUGGUGCUGGUGCAAAAAGUAGUAAACCCCGUUUCAGAAUAAUUAUAUAUUCUUUUAUAAUCAUUGAAUCAUACUUAACUCCACUUUGCAUUGAGUUAUACAAAGUAAAGAUAUUGUCUGUAACAAAGCAGUCCAAUUUCCACAAAUAACAAGGUGUAGAGCUAGAUGAACACAGCAGGCCAAGCAGCAUCAUAGAAGCAGGAAAGCUGACAUUUUGGGCCUAGAUCCUUCAUCAGAAAUUGAGAUUGAUGGCUUUUUUAUAUAUAGAAGUAUAUCUCUUGUGUUUUUCAUAAGAAAAACAUGUUGUCGCUAACUUAUACAUGCUAUCUCUAAAUUCUGUGGGAUCUUAGGAAAUUAUUUUCUUUGAGUGUUGUAGCUUUGUUUAAUGGAGUGGUAAUGAUUAUUGAAAACAUUGAUGAAUUCUUUUAACUCUGUUUCUGUGAGGAUCCAAAUGCUCUGCACAUCAGCACAACUACAGAAGGUAAUGUUACCACAUGACUGCAUCACCGAAUAAAUGAGAUAGUGAGAAUGAAAAACAGCCUCCGUAAACCAAAAAAAAAAGCUCCUUAGAAUCCAAAAGUAACCCUUUCUUGAAGGAAGAAAUACAUAAAACCAUGAAAACUUAGCUGGGCAGUGGAAUUAAUUUUGUAGCUGUGAGAUCGUGUUCAAAGAACCAGAUGACCAGGAUCAGUGAGUGGUGAAAAUAGUCUCUUUAUUGCACAUUCACAGCAGCACUGUGUAAGAUGAGGUAGAAUCCCUGAAAUCUUAGCUCAAAAGCAGCCAUUUCAUACAAAAGUUAAGCAUACAUUAAUAUUCUAACACUUGAGUGUUAAGCAGUAGACUUUGUACAAAAACUGUUUUGAAGGAAAUCAGAGAUGGUUUAAACAUAUGCUAAAUGUUACUGGUUAUUGUUGAGUGUUAAUGGUUAUUUUAAUGAGAUUAGAGUGACCUUGCGUAAUUCAAAAGACGUUAGUCUUGUGAUUUUAAAUGUCAGAAUUUUAAAGCUAGAA